ACAAAUAAAAAUAAAAUGGUCCCAGAGAAAAAAACCUCUUAAGCUUGGCUCCAAAAAUAACUUGUUCUAUAACAAGACACUGUCUCUACUAUCAACAGAAGAAUCCAUAGUCCCCACUCCCCACCAUACAGUGACACAUGCAUUAUUCCAUCACCAUAAAAUACUCCUAGUAAUAUUAUGCUUCUUUGUUUUCUCCUACAACAGUUCUUUGUUAAUGUUUGAGAAAAAACUAAUACUAUGUCUGGGUUUCUUAACAAUGAACUCUCCAAAAAGACUUCAAUUCUUGGUCUACGUUUAUGGGUCGUUUUGGGUAUUUGUGUAAUAGCUGCAAUUGUUGUUUUUCUCUUCCUUAUCUCACUUUGGUUCACUUCAAAACGUAACAGUAAAAAAACCCUUUCAUCAGUUUCAGCUAAGAAAAAAAACAAAAAACCAAACAUCCCUAACGUAUCCAAAGAAAUUCAAGAAAUUAAAAUCGACCCAUUUAAGCCACUGCCCGAAAACCCGAAGUUACUCCCGGGGCAGGACCCGAACCCAUUACCCGAACCCGAUUCUUUCGAGGAGGAAACACAGAGAAUUCACAUUGAAAUUGGAAAGGGUCAUAAGAUUGCUUAUCCGGAGCGGAUCGGGUCGGGUACCGGGUCGGGUCAUGGUAGCGAGCAAGCUAUUAUUGCUGUGCCUGAGGUUUCACAUUUGGGGUGGGGUCAUUGGUAUACAUUGAGAGAGCUUGAAAUUGCUACAAAUUAUUUUGCUGAUGAAAAUGUGAUAGGCGAAGGUGGGUAUGGAAUUGUUUACCGUGGUGUUAUGGAAGAUAAUAGUAGAGUUGCUGUUAAGAAUUUGCUUAAUAACAGGGGACAAGCAGAGAGGGAGUUUAAGGUUGAAGUUGAAGCAAUUGGUCGUGUUCGGCACAAGAAUUUGGUGAGGUUACUCGGUUACUGUGCUGAGGGAGCUCACAGGAUGCUUGUGUAUGAGUAUGUGGACAAUGGGAACUUAGAACAGUGGAUCCAUGGAGAUGUAGGGCCUUCCAGUCCUCUUACAUGGGAAAUUAGAAUGAGUAUCAUUCUUGGAACUGCUAAAGGGUUAACCUAUCUGCAUGAGGGCCUUGAACCCAAGGUUGUUCACCGUGACAUCAAAUCAAGCAAUAUUUUGCUUGAUAAGCAGUGGAAUCCAAAAGUGUCCGACUUUGGCUUGGCAAAGCUUUUGGGUGCUGAGAAGAGCUACAUUACUACUCGGGUUAUGGGAACAUUUGGUUAUGUUGCUCCAGAAUAUGCUAGCACUGGCAUGUUGAAUGAGAGAAGUGAUGUGUAUAGUUUUGGAAUUCUUAUUAUGGAAAUCAUAACUGGAAGGAAUCCGGUGGAUUACAGCCGUCCUGCUGGAGAGGUAACUCUGGUUGAUUGGCUUAAAUUAAUGGUUUCAAACCGGAAUACCGAGGGCGUUUUGGAUCCGAAGUUACCUGAGAAGCCUUCUUCAAGAACCCUGAAACGUGUCCUUUUGGUAGCAUUACGCUGUGUCGACCCCAAUGCUCAGAAGAGGCCAAAGAUGGGACAUGUGAUACACAUGCUUGAAGCUGAUGACUUUCCCUUUCGUGAUGACCGACGGGGUUCAAGGGAACAUGGUCGUUUACAUCGUGAUGGCGUGAAAGAGAGGGUAAUGGACAAGCGUAUUAUUGAAUCGGAUGAUAGCAGUGGAUAUGAAAGUAGUGUGCAAACCAACCGGGCUCUGUUCAGGAGACAAGAAACCGAUGAUGAGCAUUAGCGGCACCAAUUAAGGUAGUUAUAAAAGGUCAAUUCCAACCACGUUGUUUCGUCUGUCAUUCAUUUUGGAGCUAGCACAUGUAAAUAUCAUUCACUUAACUUCUGCAUUUUCAGUAAAGUCAUGGUAGAUCUUGUAGCAUAGCCCUUGUUAUUAGUAUACAUAUGUAAUUACCUUCAAUUUUGCUUCGAGCAUAGUUUUUACCAGUGAGUGUUUAAUUUUCCCAAAUGAAAGGACAUGAUUAAAAUAACCUACAACAA